AUGAGUAACCGCAGGCGCCCUUCUCUCCCUCGCGCCCCCUCUUCCCGCCUCUUUUUCUCUUGUCACUCCAAGCCUCCCCUCCCAACGGCGCCGCUCCUUUCCACCUUUUGCCCCGCCUCCCCUCCCUUCCCCUUCCCCCGGCACGUGACGGGGGCCUCUGACGCCGGGCGGCGCGGUGCCCUGGAGCUGACACUCGGCGCGGAGCUGAGGCCGGGAGGGGGCGGGGCUCCUGGGCAGGCAGGCAGGCAGGCAGGCGGGCAGGAGGGAAGAAAGGAGCGAGCGAGGCGAAGCGGAAGGAGGAGGAAGAAAAAGCAACGGCGGCGGCGGCGGCGGGGAUACCGCCUUGUAGUCGGAGCGACCUUUGGGUGAGUGGGCCGUUAUUCGGGGAGGGGGGGAGCAGCGUGCUGUGCUGUGCCUGCCAGAAGUGCGUUGAAGUACCGUGUUUGGGGAGGGGGCGUUGCUGGCUUCACGGGGUUUAUUUCUCCCCCCCUUCCUUUGCAAGGAAGAACGGAGAGACACGGUUUCCCUGUUUGUCCCUUCCCUCCCCCCUCCCACUGUUGCGCUUCUUGUUGAAUUAAGCCGGAGCAACUCCUCUUCUUCCGCCGCCCCUUCCUCCUCCUUUCCCCACCCCUCCCCCGCCUGCGCCCCCUAUCAGAAAAGCGCGUUGUAGCCUCCGCCCCACCCCUAGGUGGAGCGUGGAAAGGUGUGCGGAGGGAGGAGGAGGAGGAGGGACGGAGGGGAGCAAGCCCUUUAAGCCACACUUUCGGCUACUCCGGUGGGAAAGCGUGACAGCCGGAGUUUAAAGGGGAGCCGGUGGUGCGUCAUGUGCACACGACCGUGUCAAGGCCUAAUGCUGAUAGACGUGCUGCGUCGGGUUUCCUCCUCGCGACACUCCCCCGCCCGCCCCCCGCUUGACCUUGGGGUGUUUUCAUUCUGCGACAUGAGCAGGAUGGGAUGGGGGGCGGACUUGUUGGUUCCCUAUACAGUAAUCACUUGGUAACUCUCGUGUGUAUAUAUAUGGGUGGGUUUGUAAGGGCAGGUGGGAGGAAUGGCAAUCCCACCUCUGUCCGCACUUGGGCCCAGUUUUAAUUUGUAGUUCGCUGUGUCUUGACUGGUACAGCCUGAAUCUGAAAAUAUAUAUGAAUUCUAUAAGUGUUUCGUUUACCCUCGGGAGCCAGGGCAGUUUCAUGCCUGGAAGCAUUAAUGUUUGUGCAACUGAUACACAGAUCUAUGCUAUCUCUGGAUUUUGCCUUGUGUCAAGCUGCCUGUGUGGAGAAGGGUCCUAAAGUGGUAUAUUUUGCUUCUGUGGUAAAAGCCUAAUUUGGUUAUAAGUUAUUUUGUGUUAUGCAUACACAAGCUAUAUGAUAUUAUUACUAUUAUUAUUAUUGAUAAAUACAAUAAUAAUAAAUUUGUCAGGGUUGCCCAGGGCAACCAAAAGUUACUUACAACAGAGCCAUACAUGCAACAUACAGCUUGUAGAUGUAUAUAUAGUUGACCAAAUAAUACAAACACAUAGAUACAUUAAAGGAGAGUACAUUGUGUAACUUCAUUUCUCCAGUUAGGACAAAUUAUGAAGGAGGAGGAUAGCUUAGUUACCAGCUUGAGCGGAAGUUCUGCAUUCUGUCUUCCUUGCCAACUGUCUAUACAGGCCUUAAAAUGAUUUGAGCCUUGGUUAGUAUGAGUUAACCACAAUGUAUCAGUCACAGACUUUUCUAGCUAUUUAUAGUUUGCAAUUGUAGUCAGCACAAUAACAAAAGAGUAGAAUAAGAGAGGCAAGUAACUGAUAUGAUGUUAUUCCCUCCCCCUUUUAAUAAAAAAAACUUUGGGGAAAUUGGCUUUUUAAAGCUGUUUGGCAUGUAAGUACACUAUGCAUUCAGAUUAUGAGAAGCUGAGUUUGUAAUCAAGUUUCAAGAAAGGUACAGUUUGGCUUUUAUUUUAAAUACCAUAUUCUUGGAGAGCCCAUUGUCCUCAAAUGUUCCCUAGUGUAGGUGUUCAAGAAGGAGCUGACCUUUUUUUGGUAAUUGGUAUCUACUGUCCAUGGUUACAAUCUCUCUGUUUAAAUCUUUAGGCUCAUUUUGAAAGUAUUUCAUAUAAAAUUGAGUACGAAUGAGUCAUACCAGCUGUCAAGCAAAAUUAUUCUGAUGAAAUUUCAGUGUGUGAAAUUGAUUUCCCUCAGCAAAUGUGAAGAGAAUGUUGUUAUGAAACUCAUGGACUUGGCCUUGAAUUGCGUGUUUGCUUUUCUGCCAUGGUGACUAGAAAUGUUUCUGUUACCCUUUCUCCAGAUGACUGUGGUGUACUUAAUUCUUGUCAGAAAUUUUGAUCUUAAGCAUCAAGAAUAAUGCAAGCCUUCACAUUCCUCUGAUGGACAGAAUUCUUGCCUGAAGUGAAACUUAUAGGUUGCAGAAAAAUUUGCAUAAAAGACAAAACUGUUUAUGCCAGGGGGUGUGCAUUAUGUUCUCAUGUGAUAGGCAUCCAGAAAUUGUGGGCUUAAUGAAAAUGUGCUUAAAUUAAAGCUUGUUGCUGAGAUGCUGACAAGUUACAACAUAGGAGAAAACAUCAAUUGUGCAGAGGACAGUUGGCUGGGUUUUAUUUCAUCUGGCCUUCAGUUGGUAAGAACCUAUGACAUGGGGAUCUAAAUGUCCUCCAAUACGACUUCAAUGACUAACUUUGUUUGUAUCACAACAUCAUUAAUGUGCUCCUUGCAGCUGUAGGGGAUAAUGUUUGCCAGCACAAUAGUCUGCGGUAAGAACCAAAUGACACUGAGAGAGCUUGUUUGUAUUUUUGGUUACAUAAAUAGUAGCAUAGUUUUUUUCAAUUUUUGUUUGGACCGUGCUGUGAUUUUUUUGAUUCUGAGCUUCAGUUAUUACACCGAGUGAAGCAAAUUAUAAUUGGUUUUAAAUAGUUUCCAGGCUAGGAAUUAUACACAGAUAUGAUGAUUCUGUUAUACUGCUUUCUAACCUUCUAAAUGUUUUUGUACUCCUUUUUUGUACAGUUACUGCUGCUUUGAAAGUAAGGUUGGGUUCUAGUACUAAUUUCAGAUCUUGCUCACCCUUUGUUGACUCACAUUGGUUUAGUGAAGUGUGUGGGCUUUAAUGUCAUGCUACUUCACUUUUAUUGCCUCCUACAUUACAUCCACUCUUUGAAAAGUGCAAAUUUAGUGUAUAAUACAGUUUCCAUAUCCACUGUUCUAAUACUUACAGCACACCUACUCAGAACUGAUCCCCUUUGGCUGCAUUGGCACAGUGUUUAUGAGCUGGUUGCAAGUUAUUGUUAAUGUUAAUCAUGUUUUGCUUUUUAAAAAACAACAACAACUAUGGGUUUUUUUUAUUUGGACGAAACAAAAGUGAAGCAAACUCCUGACUGUGGGAGUGGUGGGGACUUGAGCUCAAGGCUUGCUUGUAGUUUGUUGUUGCUCAAGCACACAUCAAACUGUGGUUUAACAAAAGGAGGAACCAAUGUGGUGUGCUACAGAUGCUUCAGAGUAUAACUCUCAUCAUCCCUAACUGUUGGCUAUACUGGCUGAGGCUGAUGGGAAUUGAACUACUUUUAGCAGCCUCAGCUGGUAUUACCAACAGUAUGGAUGUUUAGAGUUGUGGUUUAAAAUAUCUGUAGGGCACCACAUUAACUACCCCUGGUUUAGCUCGAAAUACAAAUGUAGCCAUUAAGUUUGGAUUGAAGCCUUAGUAUUCUCAUAAUGCUAGUGAUGGAUGCCUCUUCAUUUUUAUUCUACCCCCUCACAAGUCUGGUUGUCUUUAUCAACCAUUGACUACAGCAGGUGAUGCUCAUUUAAGUGCUUAAAAGGGGGGCGGGAUGCGGCUUUUGAGAAAUGGCAUUUGAGAGAUGGAUUUUGUGAAGUUAGAGCUGCUGCUCAACAUUUGAACAGAAUACAAAUUUAAAAAACACUUCAGUUGGUUAUUCCAGCAUAAAUAGUUUAUUUCAGCUAGUUAGGUAGAUGGAUUUUAUUCCCCAGUUGUAGUACUUCCAUCUCUUGUGAUGAUUAUAUAGGAAAUUAAAGUGACAGGAAGAAAUAAUUUAUAGAAGCAAAAAGCGGAUAAAACACUGAUUAUUGGUGGCAGUAUUCUAUAAAGUUACAGUCUUUCUCUUGUAGUUUUAAUAGGGCACAUAUGUUUUAUUUCUAGAGCUGACUUUUCUAUUCCCUCUUCAUUUACAAAUUUUGGUCUCGGUCCAACAAGAUCCUUAAGAUGCACUGUGCUGGAGCUGAAGAAUUUCCCUUACUCCUCAUGUAUUUUCUUUCAUUUGUUCUACAUUACAAUUGGCUUCUUAAACAUGAAGAUAUUUUAAAGAAAAAGUAAAGCGACUUAUAGUUGCAAAAAGUUUUAAACAGUUGCAUAGGCCUAUUAGCAUUAAAAGGUCUUCAAGAGACACCUGACACUGCCUGCGAAAUCUCUGCUGGAAGAGUGUUCCAUCAAAGGAUGGUUUGUGCCACAAACUAGGCCCAAAUGCAAGACCUGUGCUCCUUCACACUCCCUCCCUUAUAGUCGCUUUUAGCUGUUUGUCGCUUUCCCCACCUUUUUAAGUAUGUGUGAUAUAAUCAGCUUUUAAUUACUAGUUUUUACGCCUUACCUGUUUUAAGUCUUAUGUGUUCUGUUUAUCCGUAUGUUUUAUCUUAUGCUGGUCAGUGACCGAACUAAAGUUAGAUACUGAUACUGAUGCUGAGUGUUCCAUAGCACAAGACUGAGAUAACUAAAUAGCAAACUUCUAGUUGAGGCCAGUUGGGCCUCUAACAUGGAUGAUUAAGCUGGGAUAUAAGGGCCCAGGUGGUCCUUAAUAAGAUAUGCAGAUAUCCACAUUCAAAUGUACAUCUCUAUUCUGGGAACAACAAAUCCUGUGUGUCUAGUGCUGACUUGAUGCGGUUCCCUUCUGUAAGCAUGCAGAAAACCUUUGUCUACUUCUAAUGGUGUUAUUUCUGAACCAGUUCACUAAGAACUAUGGGUACAUAAAUGACCUAGGAAGGAUACUUUGGCUUGCAUGCUCCCUUUCCUCACCUUGCAUGUUGGAAUUACUUCCUGGUUUGUGGCAAACCAUAGUUGUUUGUUCCAUCAGACUGUGGUUGUGUUUGCCAUGCAAACCAAGUCUGGAAGCUAGGAUGACACUUUGGUUUGCAAUCUUGAUUUUCAGGAGGGCAAGUGCAAGCCAUAUCUUGCCAGUUCAGAUGACAGUACUAACUGGUUUAUUUUAAACUGGGGAGGAAAUGAAUUACAGUGCAUGAGAAGGAUAAGGGAGUCUGUGAGCCCAAGUGUUCUUACAGUCUCAUUUGCGUAUAGUCAAACCAUCUUUUGGAAUUCAGUUGAAAUAAUUUCCUUCAUUGUGAAUUAUCAGUGUCUGUUGCCUAAUCAAGGAUUAAUCUUUGUUAUUUUGUUUGAACAGAAAUAACCCCCUUUAGAUGUUAAAUGUAUAAGCUGGGGUUUUUUUUCCUAUCCCACUUUAAAGACUCAAGGAAUUUAAGAGGAAAGAAACCCUACACUAAAAUAAAUAUAUGUAACAGCUGAAAUAUCUGCAAUGUGACCUUGGCAAAGCUGUUUUAUUAAAAUGUGGGAAGCAUGCUUAAAGAGUAUACAUUCUUAUUUACAGUAUCCUGACCUCUAUGGUUCAUAAGAUUAGGUAACAGAACUUGAAGGGAACACUUUCCAAGAUGUUUGGUAAUGAUUUGUGAUUUAUUAAUUUGAUGGCACUACAGAACUCAGGAGAAGUAAUACUAAAGGGAUAUCUGAGCAGAAUAUGGGAGCCAAAUUAAGCAAAACCAUUCUUUUAUUCCCCACAAGGUUUAAUAAUACCUGAACUAAAUAAAUCCUCUACGUAAUCAUAGGAUUGUCUUGAACUAAAAAAAGACCUGAUCCAUUUUGCUAAGUAACUGAAACAAUAGGCUUAGUAACAGGCAAAGAGCAAGAGCCGAACAGAUAUGAGGGUCCAGAAAAAGUUAUUAAUGUUUAACGUAUAUCUUACACCUAUGCAACUUGCGGGCAAAAACCCCCUCUUGUAUACCACUUUAGCAGAAUAUUUAUUAAUUUCAUGGAUUAAGAGUGCAGUAAUUCUCAAAAGAGUAAUGUAGUAAUGGGAACCUAAAAGCUCAAGAAAAAUUGGUAAGUGGGUGUGAUAUUUCUGAAAAUGGAAAUUGUUAUAUUUUAUUUAUUCCACUUUUCAGGAUACAAAUCCUCUUGCAAAUACAAUCAGAAUACAUUAAUAGAAUUACAGUACGGGCAACUUCCCAUUUGUGCGGGGUUGCAUUUUGGGUCAUUGCGCACAUCAGCGGUCUCAUGUAAGCCUGCCCCGUUCCACCCUCUUCUGGGGCUGAAAAUGAUGUGUGUGUCAGUGGUUGUGCAUCAAUUGAACAUGCACAAAAUGGUUGCAACCUGUGAACAACAUCAAAGCACACCUAGUCAUCAGGAUGGUCCCACUUAAAGUUGUAGUUAACAUUUUUCAUAUGGUUAUGCCUAGAAAGCACUUAUAUUUAUGUACACUGCUAUUCAUCCAUGAUCAGAGUUUUCAGUACCCUGAAUUUUUCUUAAAAUGAAUCCUAGGUUAAUGUGUUGUCAUGUACUAAAAUAUGGCAUUUUAUUGAAUUCCCUCAAUCCAAUAUUUCAGUUUCAACUAAUUCUGACAAUUUGGAAAAACCUUUCAGAUAUUUACAGUAUACUGCAUGUGAAACUUAAAAAACAACAGCUUUUGUUUGCCUAAAUGUAAGCCAAUUAGGGAAGGGGAAACAUUUCAGAAAAGUUUCUGGGGAAAUUUCCAGUUAUGGCUCUGAGAGAAAAAACUUUGCGAAAGAUUUGGUUAGCCAGUUCAUCCCAAAUAUGAGACUAGUCAAUAAACAGCAUGCAGCUGAAACUCCUUUGUGGUAAUAACAUUUUUUUUCCCUUACAGGGGGAAAGAAAGACCAUAA